AUGGUAUUAUAUGAUCGCCAGGUUAUUGAUAAAUUGAGUGGAUAUAGAAAUUGUUCUGAUUUUGACUAUCCGGUAAAAUUAGCCGAGUUGAGUUUCGUUCCGUAUCCAAUUAUAAUUGGAAAAUGGUUUUUUGCAAAAUAUGCAGGAUUUAAUUAUAUUGAAAUACAGCAAGGGGCGACAAUUCUCUUUUCAUAUUCCUACAAUGGUAACAGUUUUAUUGAAAAUUUAGAUUUUUGUAGCGAAUUCAGUUGUCCUUUUGCAGUGAAAAAUUUCAAUGAUACGGCAUUAAAAAUUUUGCCAUCUGGCAUUAAGGAUCCAACAAAUACAACCUUGAUUUUUGAUACUAAGUUUGAAGAUAAAAUCAAAAAACUACAAUCCUUAGUGCGAGAUCAAACCAAUUCAAUAAAUUUAAAUGAAUUAGAUACCAAUAUAAAACCGUUGAUUAUCGAAUUAAUUAAUGAUUAUAGUGACAUUAAAACAAUUCUGAAUUUGCAAGAAUUAUUAUCUCCCUCAAAUACUACAAGAUCAAAAACUAUUCCAAGACCUCAAAAUCCUUGGGUUUUGUAUCGUAAAAAUAUUUCAAAAGGUUUAAUUGGAUUAAAAAUGUCUGUUGGUGACACUUCCGCAAUUGCUUCUUGUUUAUGGGAAAAAGUUACAAAGCGUGAAUCGCAAUUUUGGACUAGAUUGUUUCAAAUUACAAAGAAAAUUCAUUUAAUAGAAUAUCCUAAUUAUAAAUAUUCCCCAGUUAGAUCUCUUUACCGAAAUAAAAUUGCAAAUAAUACAAAUAAAAGAAAUUUGCUAAAUAAUGUUUUGGAUGAUUCGGUGACGACUCAUUCGUUAGAAAUUAAAUCAAACAAUAUUGGUAAAAACAAUAACAUGCCGAAUACAAGUUUCAAUAUUCCGGAAAUCGAUGUCGACAUGACAUCACAAUGCGAUUUUAUGGAAAUAGAUAGAAAUACGUCUUUAUUUAUGGAUCAAACUUAUAUUAGUUCAUUAUAUACAGAUCCAUACUUAAUAGAUCCGUCAUUAAUAAACACAUCAUUUUCUUUCGUAGACGAUUUUCUGCCUUAUUAUACCUUGGAUUUUAAUAUUGACAGUAGCUGCAAUUAA